AUGUCUUUAGUAGAUUGGGUGCUCCAAUGCUUAGCAACAAGCAACAUUCGGUACCAGGAGAAAGACUUCGAUACCACGAGAAAGAAAAGCUUCCGAACCUUCGCCCUUCUAAUAAAUUCUAAGAACGACUGUAAUGGAAUGGAAGGGAGGCCUUACAUACGCUUUCUAUCAGUCAAAAGCAGAUACCGCCCCCCCAUGCUCCCACGGUCCGCUUACCGAGGAAUAGAAAGGAAGGACCCGGGGCCAGAGUCCCUCACCUCGAUAAACCACCUAACUCCAGCACCUAGCUCACUCAACUCGAGUAAAACAGACUCCACUGACUCACCCAAGAAAAGGAAGGAAGGAGGGAAGUGGUACUGCAAGCCUUAUUGUUGCCCUUCUCUGUCUCUAUGCUCGAUUAGCCGUCUUGUUGACCUCCUUUCCUGGCUCGUACCUCAGCUUCUCGGGACUCUACUCCCUUACCGAAGUAGCUACCUCUUUAGUCAAGAUCUGAGGCAUUCCGCUAUCCCUUUUACCUCCUAUCUGGCAGCUAAACGACGACCAGUAACUGGAGUGUCAGUCUCGGGGCAUGCUUCUCAGGUUCAGCCGGUGCUGCUCACGAACGAGCUAAUCGAGGGUUGCUAA